AGCAAUCUUCUGCAAUAAGAGAGUGCAUUCUAGCAUCUAACAGACAACAGACUUUCUGUUAAAAUUAAUAGAUCUAGUUUUUGAGUAUAGAGAAUAUGCAUGCACGGUUUGUUUACUAUCUAAGAAUUUUCGACAUAUUCAGUCAUAUAUGUUCCACCUUGCUGCAAGCUAAUUGUAUUCUCUCAGUUUCUCACGCAAUAAAUUAAGGAAAAUGGUAUUCUCAUGUCCAGAUACAAAGAUAAGAUCCCAAUGAAGGACUACAUGUAAAUAAUCCAGUUGCAUUGCUUAAUAUGUGGAUACUUGUACGUGUAAUUAUGUGGGAUGCACAAUGUAGAACAGUUAUGGCUGGCGUGGAUGAGGUAGUGGCAGCGGCCGUCAACGGUAGAGAUGGUAGUCCUGACCACGAGACGCAAGCUCAGAUGGAAGCAGACCUUUUCAAAGCUGUUGUCGACAACGACCCCGCCAAACUGGAAGAGCUCAUCAAAAAUGGUGCCGACGUCGACGUUAUAUUUGAGGAUUGUACCGGCGUCAGUACGAAGUCCCUUCUCCACGUCUCCUGCGAGAAAGAUCGAAUAGAAUGUGCUCGGGUUUUGUUACAUCACGGCGCCUUGGUGAACAUGCGAGACAACUGGGGACAAUCUCCUCUCAUGUGCUGCAUGAUAACUCAGGUUCAUGACAUAGCCGAGCUGUUGCUGUCCAGAGAUCCAACCAUAGUGGAUCACCAAGACCGCUUCGGCAAGACGGCUCUGCACUGUGCGGUAGAGUCCGAUUCCAUCGAGGCUGUGGAACUCCUGCUGAAGUACAACGCUGACGUCUGUCUACACACGUCUGACGGGAUCACCGCUGUGAUGACGGCGGUGACGCUGACCUCAGAGGCUCAAAACCGACACCGAAUGAUACAGAUGAUGAUAGAUGCAGGCUAUGAUUUGGAGAUGAAGGAUUUCAGGGGCAAGAGAACCGCACUUCAGAUGGCUGUUUUCGCCAAGGACAUCAUUGCCGUGGAAUUGUUGUUAGCAGCCGGGGCAGAUGUGAACACGAUGGACUCGGGAUGGCGGACACCUCUCACCACGGCUAUAUUCCGGUUCGCUCGUAAACCACCCGACUGUACCUCGUGUGUCGUCGAUCCAGAGGGGGAGGCCAUUAUAAAGAUGCUGACGGAGAGUAAAGCAGAUCUUAACCUGACGCUGGUGGAGUUUUGUAACCCUCUGAUCGCCUGUGCUAUUGUGGAUUGUGGCGAACUGGCUCAGUACUUUCUGGAGAAGGGCUCUGAUGUGGAUGUCCAGUUUAAAUCUACCGGAUCAACACCACUGAUUCUAGCCACAACCAAAAACAACCUGGACGUUUUUCGGGUAUUCCUCAAAUGGAAUUGUAAUCUCUCUCCGAAAGGACGCAUCCAAAGGCGGCGGCAAGAUUAUUGUCUCGACGCCUUCGAGAUAUCAGUGUUUCUCGGUCACUUAGAAAUGACGCGGACUCUGGUAAUGACAGGUUAUGGACUUCAAAGGAUUGGUUAUCUGAAAAACGUCUGGUGCACAGAGAACCUACCGGUGUCGUUACAGGAGAAUCCAGAUCUGUUAGACUGGCUGCGGACAGUGGCAAACAAUCCUAGAUCUUUGUCUGAGGAAUGUGCCUUCUGCAUCAGACGAGUUCUUGGGAAGGAUGUCGAACAGAGAGUGUCUACAUUGCCGCUGCCAUCAAAAUCCAAAGACUUGAUAACCCUGUCGGAUGUUUUAAGCCCAAAUUCAAACGGUCGUUUGGAUAAUGCCUAAAGUGUAGCCUGACGGAUGACUUCAAUGACUCUCUCGGUUUCGGAACACCGGAUAUGUUUCAUAGCUCAUGUGUAUGAAGUCUUAAUUUGUCUGCCACAUGUUGGUGAAAGGAUCUAGCUGUUUGCGGGGAAAAUAGAUGACCUUCCACAAGAGCAAGUAAACGGGAGUUUGACAAUAAAUCGGUUAUCGCAUUUGCUUCAGAACGAUAUGUGCAAUAUCAAACAUAGUAUACCAUGAAAUAUCCUGGUCUCAAGUAUUGAAGGUGUGUUUUGAAGGUGUAAUCUAUUUUUUCACGUAAUUAAAACAAUGGCUGCGC